UGUCUUAUUCAGCUCUCACCAUGAGCGACGUUAUCGCCAAGUCCCCACAGACAGACCCAGAGGCUCAGCCUCUCUUGGAUGCUCCUCAGCUAACAUACGAUGCAGCAGAGCCUAGCAAUGGUAUUGUCAAACAAGAGCGUAGUUGGAAGCACAUAUUAUUUUAUGUGUUAACCACGCUGCUGGGUGUUGGCGUCUUGGCCAUCUUCAUCAAAGGCUUUAUCGAUGCUGACGAUGUAACGUUUGAUUUCAAGAAGGCACUGAAGGCUGCGAUAGGUGGGGGAUUGAGCGGUGCUGCUGCUAUGGUUCUGCAGGUGCUGACUUUAAUGCCUAUUCGCACCGUUAUGAACUACCAAUACCGAUACGGGUCUACGACGAGCGAAGCCAUCGUCACCUUAUACAACGACGGCGGGUGGACACGCUACUACCAAGGGCUCGCCGCAGCUCUUAUACAAGGCCCCGUAUCUCGCUUUGGCGAUACUGCAGCCAACACCGGGAUUCUCGCCCUCCUCAGCUCGAAUACGUACAUGAAGGAUCUUCCGCCGCACAUCCAAACUAUAUUCGUCUCCCUUGCAGCCGCUUCAUUCAGGAUCAUCCUCACCCCCAUCGAUACCGUCAAAACAACUAUGCAAACCCAAGGCAAACCAGGAAUCCGCAUUCUGAGAACUCGCGUCAAGCAAUACGGAAUCGGCUCAUUGUGGUAUGGUGCACUCGCCACCGCAGCAGCCACGUUCGUGGGGAACUAUCCUUGGUUCUCUACUUACAACUUCCUUGACCAAACACUGCCUCCGCCUACCACUUUUGUGGAGAAGCUUUUUCGGCAGGCCUUUAUUGGUUUCUGUGCCGCUGUCGUCUCUGACACUGUCUCGAACUCCCUGCGGGUUUUGAAGACCUACCGCCAAGUCAACGAGACGCGUAUCGGGUAUAUAGACGCUGCUCGUGCCGUCAUUGCUGUGGACGGGUUUCAAGGUUUGUUCGGCCGAGGACUCAAGACAAGAAUCAUCGCGAAUGGCCUGCAGAGCAUCAUGUUCUCCAUUCUAUGGAAGUUGUUUUUAGACUUGUGGAACCGUAAAACAGAAGGAUAGUUAUGAGCUACAGUAUAUAUCCAGUAGGUAAAAAUAGUCUGGUCGUGAGAAGCUGCGGGGAUAUGGCACCAGCUGAACUCAUUCGUCUUCAUAUGAAUCUGUUUCCGCUGGCAAUGGCAUUGUACGCGUUCAGCC